GGUAAGACAGGCACUGUCAGUCAGAUCAUCAGUCACUCAGUCAGGGAGGACACUGCUCAGCCAGAAUCCGUUCUCAAAUUGAAAACGCUCAACCCGGAUUGGGAAUCAAACCGAAGACUCAACUACACUCAGGGGUAAUACGAACAGAGAUAGGAUGGCUACCACAGUGAGGGCAGCAGUCUGUCUGUGCCUCUGGCUUUUUGCCUGCCAGGUCAGAGGAUCCCACAUCCCAGCAGAGAUGAACAGGACCAUCUAUAGGCUGUUGCAGCACUAUAAAAUUUCAAACCAGGAAAGAUUUAAUGGAAAACCCGUAUUUCCUAGUGACCAGAACAAAAAAAUCGAGACCAAGUUGAUCUUCAUGGGUGGUGUUUUGGAGUCGUAUGAAAAGCUGCUUGGCCACAUGUUGAAACAACUGCCCACUCCGAGUCCCCAGAUCACCGGGAGCAACGCGCAACCUGGCUCGGCCAUCACCGCCGCCUCCAGCAGCACCAACAACUCAGGCUCGCUACCGGGCACAGAUGUUAGAUCAGAGCUGAAUUACAUCCUGAAGAAGGUCCAGGAGCUGAAGAAACACCGCUACCAUGAGCAGGAGAAACUUCUGCAGGGAUUGGAGACCCUCAGAGAUAUCAAGAUGAACGACCACAUCGUCCAGAGCAAAGCACUUUGGCAGCUGCCACAGCUGUACGAAGAGGCGAGCUCACUCCCCGAAAUCAAGAUCCAGAGGAGACGCAGACGGCGGAGGCAAACAAAGGCUAAAGGUCGCCCCAGAGUUUAAAAGGCGACCUAAAGGGCAUAAAGAGCAAUAACAGUAAAUAAAAAGGAUGCAGGAUGUUUAAAUUAUACAAGACCAAAAGAUUCUCAAACUGAAACCAGUGUGUCUAGUUGUUAGGAUUUUCUAUUCUAUUGAAAAUUUUCAUCUAUAUUUAUAUUUAAAUUAAGAGUGAACCAGCAGCCUAAGCCUUAUAAGAUCGUAGUCUUGGAAAAAUAUUUUUAUAUAAAGUUUGGUGUGUGAUACUUGAAACCAGCAUAAAAGUUUGAUCCUGUGGAAUAUUUUCACUGAAGGAUCCAGAGAUUAUACCUAAUUGUUUUCAACAUGGAGUUUCACCCAGUGGAAAUACUUGAUUUAAUGUUGUUUUUUCUCUGUUUUAAAAACUUCACAGUAUUAAAAACCCACAAAACAAAGAUAUGUUUAAUAGUGGUUAGAGUUUAUUUUUUACUGAAUAUUUUGUAAAUUUAGGACAUUUUUUUUCUUGUAUUUUUUUUUAAAGUUAAAAACCCCUGAAUUCUUUCUGAGUGAAACUCCCUCUUGUUGCACUGAGAUUGGACUGCAGUGGAGAAAUGGGCGGUUCCGGACUGACUGAUAAUUACUGAUAGGUAGUUUUCCAGAUUUAUCACAUUUUGAGCCUCGUGUUGAGGAAUUACAUUUAUGCAAAGUAAAUGUGUGAAAUCCCGUUUACGUGACAGAUUUAAUGACGUUUUCACGUGAUUGUAUUCUAUAAGUUGAUUUUUUGUCUCAAUGGGAACCCUGACCUAGCUUCUCCACUGCAGUGCCAAUGAGAGCUGAUGGUGAUGAUGUUUACAGUACAAAGUACUUCAGUGUACUACUAUUCCUCUGAACAGUCAGGUUCAGUACUGUAGUACUUUAAUUUCUUCUGUAGUACUAAAACCUUCAGGAUGUUUUUUUUAUUUUUACUGACAUAUUGUAGUUUUCUUUAUUUAUUUUGUAUUUAAGUUGUUGAUUGUUGAUUAUUUAUUAUUAAUUUAUUGAUUGGCAAAUGCACCUGAAUAAAACAGAAUGA